AUGAAUCUGAAGGGGACUAAGUUUGUAAGGUUUGAUGAUUGGCGUUCAGAGAGAUCUACAAGUUCUGAGAGGGAAUUUUCGACUGAUGAUGGACGAAAUCGAAGAAGACCUAGGCCAUCUUUGAAUGCAGUAUUAAGUAGCAUUCGUAGAGGAUUUGAUAGGGGUUCAGAUAGGUUUAAAACCUUGAGAAAACCUUUAAGUCCCAGUAAGCAGCAAGCAAAGGAGCCAGGCCCUAGGAAGAACAUUCUCGACCCUCAGGGAUCAUUUCUUCAGACAUGGAAUAAGAUAUUUGUGAUAUCUUGUGUCAUAGCUGUGUCAUUGGAUCCAUUGUUUCUUUAUACAUCAGUGGUCGAUGGGAAGAAUAAAUGCCUUGGUUUGGACAAAGAGCUGCAGAUUGUUGCUUGUGUUCUUCGUUCAUUCACCGAUGUUUUUCAUAUACUUCAUAUAAUCUUUCAGUUUCGAACUGGAUUUAUUGCACCAUCUUCUAGGGUAUUCGGAAGGGGUGAGCUAAAUGAUGACCCUGUGGCCAUUGCAAAAAGAUACUUGUCUUCAUACUUUAUCAUAGAUGUUCUAGCUAUUCUUCCUCUACCACAGGUUGUAGUUUUUUUGAUAGUCCCUAUAAUAGAACGUCCAGUUCCAAUGACUGCAAAGAACUUAUUGACAAUUGUGAUUGUAUGCCAAUAUGUGCCAAGACUUAUACGAAUCUAUCCGCUAUACAAAGAAGUUACAAAAACUUCCGGUUUCCUGACUGAGACAGCAUGGGCUGCAGCUGCAUUCAAUCUUUUGCUCUACAUGUUAGCCAGCCAUGUAGUUGGAGCAAUAUGGUACUUGUUCUCUGUAGAACGAGAGUAUAGGUGCUGGCAUGAUCAUUGCGGAAAUGAUGUAAAUUGUAAGAACUACCUGUACUGUGGGGGUUCUGACAAGGUAGCUAACAUGACAAUUGUUGACAUGUUAAAAGAUUCUUGCCCUUUUACCAACCCUGAUGACAUUAAAAAUUCAUCUGUGUUCAACUUUGGAAUAUUUGCUGAAGCUCUGGAGUCUGGUGUGAUGGAGACAACAGAUUUUCCAAUGAAAUUUUUAUACUGUUUCUGGUGGGGUCUGCGUAGCCUUAGUUCUCUUGGUCAAAACCUCAAAACAAGCACUUAUGUUUGGGAGAUACUCUUUGCGGUCUUCAUUUCUAUCUUCGGACUGGUCCUAUUUGCAUUGCUCAUCGGCAAUAUGCAGAAAUUUCUGCAGUCAACUACUGUGAGAGUUGAAGAAAUGAGAGUGAAAAGGCGAGAUGCAGAACAGUGGAUGUCGCACCGAAUGCUUCCUGAGAAAUUGAGGGAAAGGAUCAGACGCUAUGAUCAGUAUAAAUGGCAAGAAACAAGAGGUGUUGAGGAAGAUGAACUAGUUCGUAACCUUCCUAAAGACCUGAGGAAGGACAUAAAACGCCAUCUUUGCUUGGCUCUUGUUAAGAGAGUGCCGAUGUUUGAGAAAAUGGAUGACCGACUGAUGGAUGCCCUGUGUGACCAUCUCAAGCCAGUCCUUUUCACAGACGACAGCUUCAUUAUCCGAGAGGGUGACCCAGUUGAUGAGAUGCUUUUUGUUAUGCGUGGAAACAUAGCAACUAUGACUACUAAUGGUGGAAGGACUGGCUUCUUUAACUGUGCUAAUCUUAAGGCUGGUGACUUUUGUGGAGAAGAACUUCUUACAUGGGCAUUGGAUCCAAAGUCCACUACCAAUCUCCCAAUCUCAACUAGAACAGUGGAAGCUAUAACUGAGGUUGAAGCAUUUGCUCUGAGGGCAGAUGAUUUGAAGUUUGUCGCCUCCCAGUUUCGGCGCCUGCACAGUAGGCAGGUCCAACAUGCUUUCAGGUUCUACUCCAUGCAGUGGAGGACAUGGGCAUCCUGUUUCAUACAAGCAGCUUGGCGCCGACACUGCAAGAGAAAGCUUGAGAAGUCAUUACAUGAAGCAGAAGAGAAACUGCAUGAUGCUUUUGCAAGUGAUGCUGGAAACACACCAAGCCUUGUUGCCACCGUAUAUGCAUCAAGGUUUGCAGCCAAUGCACUACGUGCCUUGCGACAGAAGGGUGUGCGUGACUCUAGACCUUUACCGGCAUUGCUUCCACUGCUACCUCAGAAGCCCGCAGAGCCUGAUUUUACUGAAGAACAGGAGUGACUUCAUCCUUAUGGAGUGUGAACACCAUCUCAAGUUUGUAUCUAGAUGCAAGGUCCUCUCUUGGAUUUUUGCUGUGUAUAAUAUCCUAGUACUCUGUGAAUAUGUGAUUAAUUGAGGAUUCUUCGUAUAUAACUCACUAUUUUUUUGUUCUGAAAGUGUAUACAAGCUUGACAUCAUAGUAUGAGAAGAAAAAAAAGCCAUAAAAAUCCUGAUGCUCAACAUUUUUUUUUUAGCUAAUCACAUAUACAUCCUUCAGAAGGAUUUGAAACACAAAAACAGACUUUCUCCAAGGUUUAUGCACCUUUUGUAUUUGAAAAAGAGGUACAGAAAACCAAGUUUGAUGUCAAUACAGAUAG